AUGGUGAUCGCUACCAAGUACUCACUGAGUGACCGCGGCCGAUUCGCCAGCAGUGAGAUUACUGCCAACACUACCGGUAAUAACGCCAAGACCCUGCGAGUCUGUGUCGAACGUAGCUUGAAGGGUCUCCAGACGGACUACAUCGACAUUCUUUACGUCCACUACUGGGACUACCAUACUUCUAUCCCUGAAGUUAUGCAGAGCUUCAAUCAGCUUGUUGAAGCCCGCAAGGUUAUUUACCUCGGCAUCAGCGAUGCGCCCGCCUGGGUCGUCAGCAAAGCCAAUCAGUAUGCCCGAGAUCAUGGCUCGCGGGGCAUCGCCGUCUAUCAAGGUCUCUGGUCCGCUGCCGUUCGCGACUUCGAGCGGGAUAUUAUCCCUAUGGCUCGAGAGGAGGGGAUGGCGCUAGCGCCAUGGGGAGCUCUCGGUCGCGGCAACUUCAAGACCGACGAGCAGCGCAGGAAUGAUCCUGGGAGGAAUGCAUCUGUUGGCGUGACCGUACAAAAUGAGAUUGCGAUUGGCAAAGCCCUUGCUGCUAUUACCGAGAGGAAGGGUAUGAUUCCUACAAGCCUUGCACUCGCCUACGUUAUGAAGAAAUAUCCAUACACGUUCCCGGUUAUUGGCGGUCGUAAGAUUGAGCACCUCAAGGGCAACAUUGAGGCUCUCAAGCUUGACCUUAGCAAGGAGGAUAUUAAGGAGAUUGAGGCGGCGAUUCCUUUUGACCCUGGCUUUCCUCAUACCUGGCUUUACAUGGGCGCUCAGCCAGAUCAUCCAGCCGACAUCUGGAUGAUGGGAAUAGCUGGACACUUUGAUCAUGUCCCACUGCCGGAAUCUAUUGGGCCUUACUAG